AUGGUCGAAGAUGCACCCAUUGUCUUUUCUGUCGGCAUGAGUUUUUCACUCGCCGUUGCAAUUGUCAUCUUCUGCAGCGUCUCUGCACAGCGCACGAGUUUUAUUCGCCCGCGUAAUCCUUUGAAUGAUGGUGAAGGCCGUGAAUCUGAUUAUCUUGAACUUUGGGCUUGGCAGUAUCUUCAACAGGGACGAGGAUAG